UUGAGGCCACAAGACAAGACAAGACAAGAUGUCCCCAAGAGACGUCGGCACGGCUAGACGGCCGUGCAUCGCGCCAGGAAGGAGGCGUACUGCCUGACUAGGGAGGCCGUUGAGGCCGACCUUGGGGCAUCCGCAUGCUCAGCCCCACCACCGAUACCUAAAGGGACAAGAGAUGGAAGGAGAGGUCCCGGCAGACCAGGAACAGCAACAACGGCAGCCAGAGCCUUCCUCCGUCGACCCGGAACCACGUGUCAUCGACGCCACUGCUGCUGAAGUACCUGGCAAGACACUCGAGGUAGCAGACGACGACAGUCAGGUGAUGGCCGACUGUUGCGAGCAGGCGGUGGAAGCCGUCCUGCAGGGAAUGGAGGCCAACCAGGAGUGGGAGGUGCUGCGCGCCAUCAUGGACGGCGAGGAGGAGGACGAGGCGCAGGACGAAGGCGAGUGGGACGCCGCCGACGCCGAGGAGGCCAAGACGCAGCGGAGCCUUCACGCGAGCGCCUGCUGCAAGGGCCACCCGCCGUCGGCCGGCAGCGUGCGACCCUGCCAGAUGAGUGCCUACACGCGCCUGGACAACGCCAUCACGCCCAUCAUUCUGGCCUGCAUCCUCUCGUUCGUGGUCCAACCCCUGCUGAUGCUGCUGCACAAAAUGGCGCUACGGGUUUUCCCGUCACCCCUGAGACUGCUGGUCGGCCUGGAGGUGCCUUCGCUGAUCGUGAUCAAGACGUUCCUCUUCGUCCUGCCCGUGGGGGUUGUGUCGCUGUUCGUCGAGGAGAUGCGUGAAGCGGAGGACGCCGUCUUGACCACCGUCGCAUUCCUGAUCAGACUGCUCGUCAACGUCUUGCUGAUCGUCUCCAGGAGCGGCAACAUUCCCCUGCUAGUGACUUUCUUCGAGAGAAUGCUGGUGCGCAUCGUCCUCACGGUGUUGCUGUACACCUACGAGGGCUACAGCAAGUACCUGUUCUGCCAGCCGCGCACGCUGACCGGCCUGUACGCUCCGGCGAAGUGCGUGCUGCCGUCGUGGUGCAGGCGGGCGGUGGCAGGGCGAGAUCCGGAGGACACGUUCCGGAGGGCCUCCUGUCUCUACGAGAAGAUCUCGAUGUCUGACGAAGGCCCUAUGCUACAGUCGCACCACCUGGAGUACGGCCACCGACUGAACCACUUCGCGCGCGACAACGCGGUCGGCGCCUGCGUGUGGGUCUCCGCCAUGGUCCUGUCGCUGCUGAUGACCUGGGACAUGGCCAAGACCUUGUGCGCCGACGUGGCAGCUACUUGGCGCUUCUGCGGUCGCUGCUGGGGGCAACGCCGCGCCGGAUUGAGCUGGAGAGACGCCUUCAGCGUGGCGGCGCAGCGGACGCUCGGCGAAGCGCCCGAGCACGACGAGACGACACCUAGCGGUGUUCCUGGGACAGGUUCCUCCAGCCAGACGUCCUCCUGCAAGACGUCCUCCUGCAAGAGGUCCUUCUGCCAGACGUCUUCUGGUCAGACGUCUUCCGGUCAGACGUUCUCCGGCCAGGCGUACUCCCGCCAGAUGUAUUCCUGCGAAGCCGGAGUCUCGGGAGAACAGAUGCCGCGGCCUUCGUUCAAAGUUCGGUGAUGAGCGAGCACAAGACAGUGACUGUUGCACAGUUCCUGGAGGAAGAACCCACAAGCAUAUGCUGGACGUAAAAUUUAUGGCGUAAUGCGUAAAAUUCAACGUAUGUGGCAUGAACCCUCUGUGCCAUUCUUGGUUCCACCGAGGCCACGGACAAUUCCACAGAAGCCUUACAGGCGGUCGUCCUGAUUUAUUCGACAUUUCUAGAAAUGAUUUCAUCUGCUCAUUUUUAUCGUUAUGUCUGCAUAAAUCCAAGCUAACCGCUUGAACAUCAA